GCUUGAUGAGAAGAGAGGACGCGGUUUAAAUUUCGCAGAAAAGUUGAUCCAGGGCAUUACGCUGCUUGAUAGAAAUUUCACAGCGUUCCGUUCCCAGUGUACGCUCUUUGCAUCUGGUGUUUCGAUGUUUGCCGUUCCGAGUGGAAUAGCACGAUAAUCGUGCAUCCAAAGACACAAAAGAGCCUUAAUAUGUAGAAGAGGUUCAGCAAGUCCGCCUUUGACAGUCAGACCAUUGGGAAAAAGCGAGUCUUGCCGAGAGAGGGCUUUUGUUGGGCUUCACGUGGUUGUCCCACGCUCAGCGUUCUACUUUUCUUUCCGGGACAAUCUGCCUGGUACAACAAGGAUUCUGCAGGCGUCAAGGGCACGAAGCUCUCAGACGCCCAGCAUGGCUCAGGAUCCGGAUAAAGAAAUGCGUAGUAAAGUAUCCCUAUGGAACAGCUCCUCCGGGAGGUCUUCGGUUUCUCUCAACUCCCUAUUGUCGGGGUACUUCACAGAGAUGCAGCAGCUUGCGGAAGGGACCCUCCUGCAGCCUGCUGCCCCAACAUCUGAGGCAGCUCCUCAGGCUGCACCAGAGCUGGAUCAGGGCGCGCAGGACAUGCUCAUUCAGGGCUUGGAGUCAUUUCCCAUCAGCUCCUGCAACUCAUGGGGCAUACCCAGCCUGUCCAACAGGAUGUCCUUGGGCGUUCCCACUGAGGCAUGGGCCCAGCAGGGCCCGACGCACGAGUGGCUGGCGCGGAUUGCGCGGCCGCCGGCGCCCAAGAUCGAGGCAGCCAUCCCCGAGGAGCAACAAGUGAACCUACCCCUGCCGCCAGCUGCCGGCCCUGACUCAUUGGGGACGUCGCAGUGGCAGGGGAUGGCUCUGUGCUCAAGCGUGGCAGCCAGCAGCGCAGCCGAGACGCCAAUCCCGGGCUUCCUGUCUCUGCUGCGCAUGGGGCAGCCAGAGAACCAAGUCAGGCAGCCCACCUGGGAGACCUAUUCCUUGCAUACACCAGGGCAGCUGCGAGUGAGAGGGGACACCCCCGUAUACACGCCCGACACCAAAUUGGGCGGCGGGGGGUCCUCUGAGGGCGCCGUGGGGUCCGAGGGGGCCCCCGGGUCGGCAGGAAAUGCGUCGCAGAACAAUGCCAGCCAUGAGCAGGCGGAGAGCCAAGAGCAGGCCAAUGAAAAGGGGCGGCGCUCGAAAGAGGAUGUACAAAAGCGCAACAAGGAGGCGCAGCAGCGAUUCCGAGAUCGUCAGAAGGCGAAGCUGAAGGAGGCGGAGGAUGCUGCGGAUGAGCUGCGGGGGAAGCUGGAGGCAGUCACGCGCGAAAAGGCGGCGCUGGAGGCGCAGCUGGCGGAGUUCGGCCGCACUCUGGCGCAGCGAGACGAGCUCAUCGCACAAUUGCGCGCCGGCCGCGAGGUGGCCGGGGCGGCGGCGGAGGGCCCGGUGGCGCGUUUCCCCUGCAAUGUGACGCUCACUGUGUACCCCAACCAGCACAUCCAGCUGGCUCAGGCUGAUGUCAUCAACCUGCGGCGGGAGGACCUCGUCAUCAUCUGGAAGGAGUAUGUGAAUGCGCUGUCAAACCUGCUGCCCAGCGGGCCCGUCCAGCUCAGCGAUUCCGCUGCUCAAACCAUCAGCGUGCUGACACAGGAGGCGACGGCGCUGAUGCUGUGCGUGGCGGACAGCAGCCCGGCCAUGUUCAAGAGCUUUGCUGCGUGCAAACUUGACGCCGAUGCGGCCAGCGGCUUCGGCGAAGACAGCGUGCAGCUCUGGGGCGCCGUCACGGGUUUCCUGCAGCUGAGUGCGCGGCAGCGGUCGGAGCUGGUGGCCAUGCGCGUGGCCUGCCUGAGCACACUGGCCGAUGUGAUCGACGAACGCAACAACAUCCACGCGUUCCUCACGGCCGCCAUGCCUGCGGCCGUUGGUGCGCGCCACACAGCAGCUCAAUAUCUCAAGGCGCAUGAGGGAAUUGAGCAGCUGAAGGACAACCUGAAGAAGGAGCAUGACCUCAAGGUUGACUGGAUGACAGCCGUCUUCUGCAACGUGUUGGAGCCGGUGCAGGUUGCGCGUGCGAUAGUGCAUUCCUACCCGUGGGCCCCCGACACCAUGGCGGUGGCGGCGGUGGUGGCCGCAGAGGGGGGCGAUGCCGAGGCGCUGACUCACCUGCGCGCCGACUGCAGCGGGGGGCCCGGAGCCUACGUGCAGCCGCGACACAACAGCCUCGGAGAGCUGCUGCAUGUGUAA